AUGAGCUUCUUCUCCUAUUUGGACCCCAGGAGGAUCCAGUGGGGUGCCACAUGGUACGCCAUGCACUCCAGGAUCCUACGCACCAAACCUGUGGAGUCAAUGCUGGAGGGGACGGGCACCACCACCUCUCAUGGGACCAAGCUAGCCCAAGUGCUCACUACGAUGGACCUGGUUUCCCUUGGAGUUGGAAGCUGUGUUGGCACUGGAAUGUAUGUAGUGUCUGGGCUGGUUGCUAAGGAGAUGGCUGGGCCUGGGGUCAUUGUUUCCUUCAUCAUUGCAGCAGUUGCCUCCAUUUUGUCAGGUGUUUGUUAUGCUGAGUUCGGAGUGCGUGUCCCGAAAACCACAGGCUCUGCCUACACCUACAGCUAUGUGACAGUUGGAGAGUUUGUGGCAUUCUUCAUUGGCUGGAACCUGAUCCUGGAGUACCUGAUUGGCACAGCAGCUGGCGCAAGUGCCCUGAGCAGCAUGUUUGACUCCCUGGCAAAUCAUACCAUCAGCCACUGGAUGGUUGACAGUGUUGGAACAUUAAAUGGACUGGGGAAUGGAGAGGAAUCAUAUCCAGAUCUUCUCGCUCUUGUUAUUGCUGUCAUUGUAACCAUCAUUGUGGCCAUGGGGGUGAAGAACUCUGUGGGAUUUAACAACGUGCUCAAUGCAAUUAACCUGGUAGUGUGGAUCUUCAUCAUGAUCGCUGGGCUUUUCUUUGUCAAUGGCGACAACUGGUCUGAAGGGCAGUUCUUGCCAUUUGGAUGGUCUGGGGUGCUAAAAGGCGCAGCUACUUGUUUCUAUGCCUUCAUUGGCUUUGACAUAAUCGCCACCACAGGAGAAGAAGCUAAGAGUCCCAACACCUCCAUUCCCUAUGCGAUCACGGCUUCAUUGGUCACAUGCCUGACGGCAUAUGUAUCUGUGAGUGUAAUCUUAACUCUGAUGGUGCCAUACUCUGCCAUUGAUUCUGAAUCCCCUUUGAUGGAAAUGUUUGUAGCCCACGGAUUCUAUGCCGCUAAAUUCAUUGUUGCCAUCGGAUCUGUAGCAGGAUUGACAGUGAGCUUGCUGGGCUCCCUUUUCCCAAUGCCAAGAAUCAUUUAUGCCAUGGCUGGCGAUGGGCUGCUCUUCAGAUUCUUGUCCCAUGUGAGUUCUUACACGGAGACUCCAGUGGUGGCUUGUAUUGUCUCAGGAUUUCUAGCAGCACUGCUCUCCUUGCUGGUCAGCCUACGGGACCUGAUAGAAAUGAUGUCCAUCGGCACACUCCUGGCCUACACUUUGGUCUCUGUUUGUGUCUUGCUUCUCCGAUACCAGCCAGAGAGUGACAUUGACGGCUUUGUCAAAUUCCUCUCUGAGGAACACACCAAGAAGAAGGAAGGGAUUCUAGCUGACUGUGAGAAGGAGGUUUGCUCUCCAGUGAGCGAAGGGGAGGAGUUUACUGGCCCACUCACCAACACGUGCGGUGCAAAAAAUCUGCCAUCGCUGGGUGACAAUGAGAUGCUCAUUGGGAAAGCAGAUAAACCCACCUACAACAUCAACCACCCCAACUAUGGCACAGUCGACAUGACCUCAGGAAUCGAGGCAGAUGAGUCUGAAAACAUUUACCUCAUCAAGCUGAAGAAGUUAAUAGGACCACGUUAUUACACAAUGAGGAUUCACCUGGGACUGCCAGGGAAAAUGGAUCGCCCAACAGCAGCUACUGGCCGCACUGUCACCACCUGUGUGCUCCUGCUUUUCGUCCUGAUGUUCAUCUUCUGCUCUUUCAUAAUUUUCGGUGCAGACUAUAUCUAUGACAAGAGCUGGUGGGCUAUUCUCCUGAUGGUUUUGAUGGUCCUGCUCAUCAUUGCAUUGGUAUUUGUGAUCUUGCAACAGCCAGAAAACCCCAAAAAGCUGCCAUAUAUGGCACCUUGUCUCCCUUUCGUCCCUGCAUUUGCCAUGUUGGUGAAUAUUUAUCUCAUGCUGAAGCUCUCCACGAUCACAUGGGUCCGAUUUGCUGUUUGGUGUUUCGUGGGCUUGCUCAUUUACUUUGGCUACGGCAUGUGGAACAGCACACUUGAGAUCAGCGCCCGGGAAGAGGUCCUUCAUCAGAGCACAUACCAGCGCUACGAUGUGGAUGUUGACCCAUUCUCAGUCGAAGAAGGCUUUUCCUACGCUAAUGAGAGUGACAACUACCAGGACUGGGGGCCUUCAGAAGACAAAGGCUUCUCUUACCAGCAGAUGUCGGCGGCAAAGGAAAGCAGUCGGACGAGUAGCAAAUCGAAAAGCAAAGGCAAACACAAACAGAACUUCGAGGCCCUGAUUGCAAAUGAUGAGCUCGACUACUCACCAGAAUAG